AUGAAUGCUUUAUUAUGCGACAAAAGUAACAAACUGACUACGAAUACAUAAAAAAUGAGCUGUCUGCUACCCAGGAAGCUCUAGAAAAUUGUUUUUAUACCAAUUUAGGGAGUAAUAAGCGACCACAAAAUGUCACAGACAAAGAUAUUUAAAGCAGACAUCGACAUGAAGCUCGAAAAAGAGAAGAACAAUUUGUCAAUACUUAAAGAGGCCAUGAACAAAAGUAGAACUAACACCCACAGUAUGCUUGGGAUACUAAACAGUUUUGAGAAUCGUUUACAGAAGUUAGAAAGUACAAUAGAACCUGUUUACAAUGAAACAGAAAUGUUAAGACGCAGACAAGAGAAUAUUGAGAAGACUACAGUAACAUUAGACAAUGUCCUUGGGUAUUACCAUGUAGCUAAAGAAGUAGAAAAUAUGAUCAAGGAGGGGCCAUCUUCCUGUGGACUUGACAGAUAUUUGGCACAAAUGGACAGACUAAAACAAGCAAUGUUGUACUUUGAUAGUCAUAAUAGUUCAAGUCUAGAAUUACUGGAUGUGACUCGAGUGUUUGAAGAUGGCAAGGAAGUUCUUUGUUGUGAAUUCCGUUUAUUGUUAAGCAGACAUGGACGACCAGUGCCUCCCAUAAUGUUAUUAGACCUGAUUGGAGAUGAAGAAAUUCCCUCGUCAGAUCCAGACGUUCCUUUAGAACAUUUUCCCGAGAAGAUUGUUGAUGAUUUAGGACAGAUUGCUAAAUGGUUGGAUAAGAAAGGAAAUACAGCCGAAUUUACCAAAGAUUAUCUCACUAUGAGAGGAGCUGCUAUGCUUAAAUCACUUCAAGUGUUAAGAGAACAUUUGAAGUCAGCCAGUGCUAGUAGUAGUACAUCUAUACAAUAUAUUGGACAACAUUCUCCCGCUCCAACCUCAAAGUUUAGUAGAACAAAAGAAACACCAGUUAGAAAGAGUAAACUGAAGAUAGCUUUGCCAGGCCGAGGGCUCCAUUUGAAGAAGAAAGCUCAGACGGCUCUCCUACAGUCACCAUUUGAGCAAGCAUCAAAAGGCCACAGAAGACAAGGGUCAUACAAUGACAUCGUAGAAAACUUAGAUGUUGAGGUGGAGAUUUAUAUAACACAGUUGUCAGCUCUACUUAAACUAAUGCAGAGUGAAGCCCAGUUGAUGUCCUGUAUUAUACCAGAUAAGAACAGAAGAACUGUAUUUGAUGGAAUUGUACAACAAUCAUUAGAUUCUGUCGUGUCAGAAGGGGAGAUGUUGGCCACCCAAGCAAAGAAGAGUAUCAAUAAACAUGAGUUUAUGUCUGUAUUGUCCAUCUUUCCAGUCGUCAAGCAUCUCAGAUCUAUAAAGCCUGACUUUGAUUACACUUUAGAGGGAUGUUCCACUCCAACAAGAUCUAAAUUAGCCUCAAUGUUAUCAACUCUGGGUAGUACUGGAGCUAAGGCAUUAGAAGAUUUUAUUGAAAGCAUUAAGAACGACCCUGAUAGAGCAUCAAUGCCUAAAGAUGGAACAGUUCAUGAAUUAACAAACCGGACCAUUAUAUUCCUGGAACCAUUGUUAGACUAUUCUGAAACAGCUGGGGCCAUGUUACUGAUGCAUGGAGAACAAGCAGCUCCUUCAGAAGCAGUUGAUGCCAAGAAAAGUAAACUGAAGUUUGCUGAUUAUAUGACCAAAGUGUUAUCAGCUCUAGGAUUGAAUUUAAGCAACAAAUCUGAGACCUACAAUGAUCCAACCUUAAGACCUGUCUUUAUGCUGAAUAAUUACAACUAUAUACUGAAAUCUAUUACAAGGAAUGGGUUGUUGAAUUUGAUUCAUCUGUGUAACAAAGAUGUUGGUCAGUACUAUGAGGAUCAGAUCCAUGAACAAAAACGACUGUAUUCUGAAAGUUGGAGUAAAGUAUUACAUUAUAUCCUGGAGAUUGACGAGCCAUUGUCACAGCAGAGAUUAAUGAUGCCAGAUGUUAAGUUAAAGGACAAAGAGAAACAGAAUAUAAAGGAUAAAUUCUCUGGUUUUAACAAAGAACUUGAAGAGAUUAUGAAGAGUCAGAAAGGUUAUGCUAUUCCUGACCAAGAACUGAGAGAGGCCCUGAAAAAGGAUAACAAAGACUUUAUUAUACCAAGAUAUAAAAUGUUCCUAGAAAAGUAUGAGAGAGUUAACUUUACCAAAAAUCUGGACAAAUAUAUCAAAUAUACAGCACCAGCUGUUGGUGUUAUUGUUGAUAAAUUCUUUGAUACAUCUGCAUAGAAUAUUUUUUGUGUAAAUUUGAUGAAGAUCACAUGUGUCAAAGCUGUCAGUGUUGCUAUUUAUAUCUCUUGGAUGUUUAGAAUUAGUAUUUAUAUACGAUUUUUGUCUCUCAUAAUAAGAUACAAUUAGUCUUCUUGAAAGUUUUUAAUCUGAGUAAUUAAAAAAGAUUAUGUAAUACUGGUAUACUAUACAAGAAGUCAUCAAAAGGAGUACAUUCGUUAAGGCCCUAAAAUGGCCCCCUUUUUUUAGCUUUAAUUUCAAAUUAGGAUUUAUUGACCAAUGUCACAAUGAAUCAUAGCUAAUACAGUGACUAGAUAGGAAAUAAGCCUUUUGUUGAAAAUUUACGCACCUGCAUUUUAUUCAUGAUGUCACAAAUAGUACUCAUUUUGAUUUUCCACGAAAAAAAUGAAUGAAAAUGGCUAAAUUUCCAUUGAUUAUUGGACAGGAAACAUAGAGCGCAUACGUCGACAAAAAAGAUCUUACUUGAAUACUUAGUUUGUCGAUGCCUGCACACUAUGUUUCCUGGUCCUAAAUUUAGUUGAAAUCCGGCCGAUUUUGUUGAAUUUCGCCAAAAUCUCUUAUCUUGACCUAUUUGUAAAAAUCAACGCUUUAGAAUAAAACUUUGGCACAAAAACUUCUAUUUAACUUUAUCACGUGUCUUUAAGUCAACUUCAAUCUAUUUAUCUUGUAAUACUGAACUUUAUAAUCAGGGCCAAAUAUGGCUCUUACCGAACUUACUCCUUUACCAACAAAUACUGUAGUUAUCUUUGAAAAAUUACUGUGUUCUCUAUUAUGAAAAUAUUUUUUGGGGGCGAAAGGAUGACUUUCAAAUUUUUUUGCUAAUGUAAAAUUCUAAAUUAGCACUAUUCCAGAAGUGUUUUCUUUUUUCUGUACUUUAUAACUUUAUAAACUUCAAAGCCUCAUCUUUACAUAGAUAUGUACACAUGAUAUCUUGCAUGUUUGUUAAGUAGUGCGUGCAUCAGGAAAACAGGAAAUAAAUAUUUUGUCAAUAAAUUAAUAGCAUUGUAUUAUCUGAUCACAGUGCAAAAAUGUCAAUUGUGCAGUCACUUUAAUGACAUAAACACUUUAAAUUUAUGUAUAUGUCCUAAAAUGGCUAUUUGUAAGACAAAAUUCAAAGUUAUUUUUACAGAAAACUGACACUACAAGAUGUUAAUUGGUAAAUUUGCAUUAAACAUAUUGCUGAAUCUAAAUAAAUUGGCCAAAAAGGUGGCUUUACCAUACCCUCUCCUUUAAGUUAUUUAUAUGAAUGUGCAAUAUUAUUUAUAUAAACUUAUAUAUCACUUUG